AUGUCAAGUGUUUUAAGAGGCGGUCCAAUUAGAGGCAGAGGUGGCAGAGGCGGCAGAGGUGGUAGGGGUGGUAGAACUCCACUUGAACGUCCAGGUGCAAGAUCAGAUGCUUCGCAAUCUUCUAAAAAAACAUUCAAACCCUUCAACAAUAAUAAUAACAACGAAAACGAAAACGAAAACGAAAAUGAAAGAUCAAACAAAAAACAAUCAACAUUUUUAAGCGAAUUAAAGAAAUCACCAAUUGCUUUGUUAGGUAGUGAAGAGCUUAGAGAAUUAAAAUUAAAGCUUAUCAAUAUUGUAUCAGCUUCAUUAAUCAAAGAACCAAGAGUUAAUCAUCUCACUCCAACAUUGGAAACAAUUAUGUCAUGUGUUUAUACACUUUCAUACUAUGACCCAGAGUUUGUUUUAAAACUCAUCCUUUACACUCGUGAUGAAUUGGGUAUUCGUACUGUAGCAAACUAUAUGAUUUGUUUAGCAUCACUCUUCCCAACAACUCAACCAUUUUUAAAAAAGUAUUUCAAACACUUAAUUAGAAUCCCAUCUGAUUGGUUAGAAUUACCAACUAUUCUUUCAAAAUUAACAGAAACCAAUAACAUUCCAAAAUCAUUAAGAAAUGUAAUGGUUGAAAAAUUCAAAGAUUUUGAUACCUAUCAAUUAGGAAAGUAUAAUACUGAAGGUAAAAUUAAAAGAAAGAGAAAGAAGUUAAAGGAAUUAAUUAAAAGCAAUCCAGACCAAAAGGAUGAUUUAAUCAGCAAAUCUCAAGCCAACCAAACUGCAUCAUUAAAGAACUUGAUUAGAGUACUUCAUAUCUCUGAACCAGUAUCUAGUGUCAUGUCUAUUCUUGGCAAGAAAUAUCCAUUAACCUAUGAAGAGUGGAUUAAAAAUAAACUUCCAGGUACCUUUGAACCAGAGCGUGCUGGUAAAAGAAUGAAAUUACCAGUCCCAGAAACUUGGGAGACCUUAGUAUCAGCCAAAGGUAACAACUCUGCUACUUGGGAAGAAUUAAUGCAACACAAUAAACUUCCAUUCAUGGCAAUGUUAAGAAAUCUUCGUAAUAUGAUGAUUACUGGUGUACCUGCUUCAGUCCAUAAGCAAAUUAUUUCAAAAUUAACCAAUGAACAAACCAUUGCAAAUUCAAAACAAUUUCCAUUAAGAUUUUUAGCUGCCUAUGAUGCAAUUCCAAAGGAUGUUGAAGAAUUAAAAACUUGGUCCACACAAAAGAAAACUAAAAUUCAAUAUUAUCCACCAGCAGAUUUAUUAAAAACUUACAGAGAAGCUUUAGACACUGCAGUUAAAUUAUCAACAAUUCACAAUGUUAAACCAAUUCGUGGUAAUACUGUCGUAUUCUGCUAUGUAACCAGUGAUAGUAAUAGCGAACAAUGUAAAUCAAAUACCUCUGGUAAAUACUCAAUGUUAGAAUCAUCUAUUCUUUUAAGUUUAAUGUGCAAAUAUGUCUGUGAAGAAUGUGACCUCUAUUUGGUUGGUUAUAAACCAGAUGAAUCAGAACAAACCUAUUUCAAAGUUCAAGAACUCCAAAGUGAUUCAAUUUUAGAAAACAUGAAAUCUAUUAAAUCUAUGAUCUCAAGAGUUUUCAUGGAUCACAAGACCCUUAAUCCUCCAGAUUUCCCAACCAAUGUUAUCAUUGACCAAUUCCUUUUACCAAAAGCUAAAGUUGAUAAUAUUUUAAUUCUUAACCACAAAACUGUAGAAUUAGAUUCAGAACCAAGUAAAAGAAAUAUUUUAAGCAAAUAUCGUCAAGAUGUUAAUCCAGAAUUAUUAUUUGUAAAUAUCAAUUUAUCUGGACAAGCUUCAUUAAAUGCCUCCGCAUCCACAGAGUCUGAAAGACAUCAAAACGAUGUUUACAUUAGUGGUUUCAGUGAUUCAAUUCUUAAAUUUAUUGCUGAGCGUGGUGGUACAGAUCAACAACUUCAAUAUAUUGAAAAGAUUGAUGAAAUCAAAAAGAUUCAAGAUGUAAAGAAAACAAAUCAAGCUGCUGCUUCUGUAGUUGCCACAACUGAUGAAAAGAAAGAACAAUCAUCAGCAUCAGCAUCAGCAUCAUUAUUAACUCAAAAAGAAAAACCAUGGAGAAAUGCUAAAGUUUUUAUUUCAUCUACUUUCUUGGAUAUGCAAGGUGAAAGAGAUAUGUUAGUUAAAAGAGUUUUCCCAGAACUCAGAGCCAAAUGCUUAAAACAUAGAAUUCAUCUCACUGAAGUUGAUUUACGUUGGGGUAUUACCGAAGAAGAUGCUCAAAAGAAUAGAUCUGUCGAUUUAUGUUUAGAUGAAGUCGAUCGUUGUCGUCCAUUUUUCAUUGGUCUUUUAGGUGAACGUUAUGGUUGGGUACCAAAAAAAGAACAAAUCCCCAGCGAUCCAAAAUAUGAUUGGAUUAGAGAACUUCCAUCAUUAAGAUCAAUGACAGAGUUAGAAAUUCUUCAUGCUUGUUUCAAUAAAAACAAACCAUCUUCAGCUCCAUUAAUCUAUAUUAGAGAUCCAUCAUUCAACCAACAAGUACCAAAAGAAUUCAAAGACCAAUUCGAUAGUGAAGAUCGUAGUAGCGCUGAAAAAUUAAAUGCAUUAAAACUUAAAAUUGGAAAAGAAAAUUCAGGUGCUAAAUAUUCCCACUAUAGCGCCAGAUGGGGUGGAUUAAAUGGUGAUGGUAAGCCAGUAGCUGGUGAUCUCUAUGAAUUAUGUGAAAAGAUUCAAAGUGAUCUUUGGGAAACACUUGUAAGUACCUAUAAUCUCAGUACUGGAGGUAAGCCUGAGUGGUUGAAUUGUUACAACGAUUCAAACCAAGAUGCUGAAUUUGAUCCAUUCGAAUACGAAUUAAACCAACACCAAAUCUAUUCAGACUUAAAGUGCAAAAAUUUCGUUGGCCGUAAAGAUGAAAUCAAUUCACUUUUCAAAUUCUGUGACAUUACACGUCCUUUCCUUUCAAGUCGUGUAUCUAAACUCCAAUUCAAUAAAUCAAAUACCCUCCUUGUUACCGGUAAACCAGGUUGUGGUAAAUCAGCUCUUGUCUCAUACUUUACCAAUAAAGCCUUACCAGAGUUCUACCAAAAGAACAAACAAAGCAAACACAUUAUCAUCUCACACUAUAUUGGUUCCACCAGUGACUCAAUCGAUAUUAGAAAGACCUUAACAAUGAUUUGUAAUCAAACUAACAUCAAACUAGGUCUUGGUGAAAACUUUAAUGCCAACAUAGAGAUCUCUGAAUUAAAGAUUACAUUUGCACAAUUCUUAAAGAAAGCAGCAUUAAAAGCCUCACAAAACUCUCAAAAGGUAUUAUUACUUAUCGAUGGUCUCGAUCAAUUAGAUAAAAAGAACCGUGCCCAUACUUUAGAUUGGUUACCAAUUGCAUCACCAAUUAAAAUCAUCAUUUCAACUCUUGAUGGUGAUCAUACACUCAGUGUUCUUCGUCGUAGAAAGACCCCACCAACCGAAAUCUCAAUUGCUCCAAUGGAAAUGAAAGAUCGUCAUUUAUUGGUUAAAUCCAAAUUUGAUGACUUUAGAAAGAAACUCGAUGAAUCUGCUGGUAAUAAUCAAAUGUCAUUACUUUUAAACAAGUCUGAUGCCAACAAUCCACUUUAUUUAGUAUUAGCUUGUGAAGAGCUCCGUUACUUUGGUCAAUUCGAAAAUCUUACUGACAAGAUUAAAGGUUUAGCUCCUACUCUUACCAAACUCUUUGAUGACAUUUUGGAUCGUCUUGAAUCUGAAUUUGGAAAACAAUUAAUCGCUACUAUUUUAGGUUCAAUCGCUUGCUCCCGUAUUCCACUCUUUGAAGAUGAUUUACUUCAAAUCUUAGCCAGACCCGAAGUUAAAGGUGAAGUACAAUUCCCAAUUGCAUUAUGGUCAAGAAUCUAUCGUGGUAUUUCAUCAUUAUUAGUCGAAUCAUUCGAAGAUAAAGAAUCCAACUCAAUCGACAGAGGUUUAGAAUUUUUCCACAAUCAACUUAAAUUAGCCGUAUUCAAGAGAUACCACUCUCUCAGCGAUUCCUCAACUCGUAUCCAUAAGUUAUUAGCAAACUACUACUUGACAAAAGCAGACCCAGAAGCAGAUAAACAUUGGAAUGGCUCCGAAGCUUUAGCAUUCUCUGAAUUACCAUAUCAUUUAACUAAAGCAAGACUUUUCAAUCAAUUAGAAGAUACCCUUUGCAACAUCAAAUUUGUUGAAAAGAAAUGUAGAUUUGGACUUACUUUUGAAUUGAUUUCCGAUUACCUCGAAAUUACUGGUGAUGAUUUACCAGAAAAAGAAAAGAACAGUUUAAACGCCCCAUCUCGUUUAAUUAAAAACAAAGAUCUUCUCGAACACAUUAAAGAUUUUUGUGAUUUUGUUUCUUCCAACACCCAUAUUUUAUCAAAGUCACCAGAACUUACUUUCCAACAAGCCUACAACCAACCAAAUACCUCCUAUUGUCAUAAAGUUGCUUCACAAAAUAUUUUCUCAUCCUCAAGCUGGAUCGAAUGGGUCAAUAAACCACAACACAAAGAUAAUUGUAAACAAACCAUCACUGGUUUAGAAAAUGGUGCUACUGCUGUCGCAUAUAGUCGUGAUGGUAGUUUAAUUGCAUCUGCUGGUAAAGAUUCAAUUAUUCAUAUUUAUAAAGCAUCAAAUGGUUCUGAAGUUUUAACUUUAGUUGGUCAUUCAAACUGGAUAUCAUGCUUCUCGUUCAGUGAUGAUAACAAGACCUUAGCCUCCUCCUCAUGGGAUGAAACUGUUAUCAUUUGGGAUCUUGUUGUCGGUAAUCAAAUUCAUCAAUUCAAAGACCAUAAACGUGCUGUUAAUUAUUUAGAAUUCUCACCAACCAAUAACAACUUAUUAAUGUCAUGUGCAUGGGACAGCUCAAUUAUCAUUUUCAAUACCUAUGAUAAAAAUAUCUUUAGAAUCUUUAGAUCUGCUCAUUCUAAACCAGUCAAUAGUUGCAGCUGGUCACCAGAUGGUUCAAUGAUUGCUUCAUCUGCAUGGGAUGGCACUGUUAAAAUUUGGAACCCACAUGAUACAAUCGCUAAAAAUCGUUUGCUUCAUGUUAUUGAUCAAUCUCUUGUUUAUGGUUCAAUUAAAUCAUGUAAAUUCUCUUCAAAUUCUAAACAAAUCUAUGCCACAACUAUGAAGAACGAUGUUUUGCUAUUCGACAUACAAUCACAAAAAUUAGUAUCAAUUCUUGGUAGUCACUCCAAAUCAGUAAACCACUGUGCUUUAUCCAAAGAUGGUAACUAUCUUAUCACUGGUUCAGAUGAUGCUACAAUUAAAGUAUGGUCCUCACAAUUAGGUAAAGAACUUUCAAGCCAUCAUCUUUCAAAUGAUUUCUGGGCUAAUUGUAUGGCAUUCCAUCCAACUAAACCAAUUUUAGCUGUUGGUGCUACCGACUGUACUGUUAGACUCUAUGAUGUAUCAAGUAAUACUAUAUAUCGUGAAAUCGCCAAAUUCCAUGGUCAUACUCGUUCCAUUACAAGCAUCAGCUUCUCUAUUAGUGGUAAUUUAAUUGCCUCAACAUCUGAAGAUCUUUCUAUCAAAGUUUGGAAUAUCGAGUCACAAAAAGCUGAAUAUGCUAUCGAAAAAGCCCACAAUGACCCAAUUAACUGUGUAGCAUUUAGUCCAAAGAAUGAACAUCUAUUAAUCUCAUGCUCUGACGAUUAUAGCACCAAAGUAUGGUUAAGAGGAAACCCUGUCGUUACACUCUCAACUGAAGGCUCAACCAAUACCAUUAAACACUGUACCUUCUCGCCAGAUGGAAAAUACAUUGCAACAGUAUCCCGUGAUUGCACAAUCGGACUUUAUUUAGCAGAAAGCUAUAAACUUUUAAAUAGACUCAGAGGUCAUACCGAUUGGAUCAACUUUUGCACUUUCUCACCAGAUUCAAAGAAAUUAGUCUCUGGUGGCUGGGAUUUCAAUAUUCGUGUAUGGAACGUCAGAACUCAAAAAGAAACCUUAUGUCUUAAAGGUCAUACUAGCUCCAUCGAAAAAGCUUUCUUUACCGCAGAUCAAAAGUAUAUUAUCAGUUGCAGCUUUGAUGGCUCUGUUAGAGUUUGGGAUUCUGAAUUUGGUAGUGAAAUUACAACACUCCACCAUGCAUCUCGUAUCAGCGAUGUUGUUGAUUCAAAGGACAAUUCUGGUAGAAUCUUUUCUUCCUCCGAUGAUGGUAUCAUUAAAUCAUGGUACCCAGUAUCUGGUUCAUGUUUAGCUACAUUUGCUGGUCAUUCUGGUGCCGUUAAUAUGGUUGAUAUUAAACCAUCAAGCAGUGGCUCAGGUUUUGGUGGUUUCUCCUCAUUCUCAUCAUCAAGCAAAUCAGACAGUGCUCAAUCCUUGUCAUUUGCAUCUGCCUCAAGCGAUGGUACAGUUAAACUUUGGGAAUUUAACUCUUCUAAAAAUCUUUUAUCUGCCCACAAAGGUCCAAUCAAUAAAUGUGUAUUUUCAAAGUGCGGUAACUAUAUUGCAUCAGCUGGUCAAGACUCUGUAUUAAAUAUUUGGGACUCCACAACCCUUGUAAAUCUUAGAACCUUAAUUUUAGACUCACCAGUUACUGCAUGCACUUUUGAUCCACAAGGCCUAUUAUUUAUUGGUUUACAAAAUGGUACCUUUAAUAUAUAUAAUAAAACAUGGGACUCAGUUAUUCAUUCAGGUUUUUCAGAAAGUAAGAUUUCAUAUGCAUCAUCAAGUGUAGCUAAUAUUUUUGCAUUCUCAACUUGGGAAAAUGUAGUUUUCAUUGUCAAUUUGGAAACCAAAUCCAAAACACCAUUAAUGGAAUUCGAGGAUUGGGUAGAGGUUGUAGAAUUUUCAAGUAAAGGUAGUGUUUCAGCUGCAGGAACAAGAACAAAGGAUUUAGCAGUUUUUGAUCCACAAUCAGGAAAACAUUCAUACAAAAACGCCUCUAGCUAUACUACCUCGCUUUCAUUCUCACCAAAUGAAACCCAAUUAGCCAUAGGUUCAUUUGAUGGCUCUGUACAACUCUUAAACUCUGAAACAGAAAAAUUUGUUAGAAUUCUCACCGCCCAAACUUCAUCAAUUACUGGUUUAAGAUUUUUAGAUUCAGACCGUCUCGUUUCAGUAUCAAGCGAUCGUUCAUUAGUAGUAUGGAAUUUCAAACUCUCUGCCAUUGAAAAUGAAUUCAUUCAUAAUUCACCAAUCACCUCAUUGGAUAUCCACCAAAAUAAUAUUAUCACAUCCGAUACAAAUGGUAAUAUUUAUUUCUUAAAAUAUCAUAAAAAAAAUUAA